AUGGUUGCUCUGGGAGACGAGGCCGAAGGACUAUUGCUGCUGCUUGCUCCCAUUCGAGUAGGAGCGGCACUGGACAAUACCAUCAUUGUCGUCGAGGACGCUCAGCUUACGGAAGCCACCAUCGACUGGCCAGUUGCUCAGAUGGUUGAAUAG